AAUUUGCUUAUUAACAGCAAAGCUAUUUUUUGUUUUUUUUUUUGUGAAAAAUGUUGCGAAACUGCACACUGCCUUCAAGUUAUGAGCAAGCUCGAACUAGCAUAAGAUGUGGAGAAAUAAUUUGUUACGACAAUGUAAAUUUCACUAUAAUUUGUGUGCUAUGCAAAAUGAAGCUUUUUGAGUUUGAGGAUUUUAUGCUGCAUUAUCAGAACGUACAUUUACGGGGAAAUGCACAUGAUAGUGAUAGCGACAUUGAUGCGGUUGUCGAUGGUGAACUGGAAGCAUGCAUAAAGGAUGAAGAAUUUGAAAAUGUGGAAUACUUGGCUGAAUUGAACGAAUGCGGCGUAAGCCCAGAAUCCGAACCCCAUCCGGUACGUAUUUUGGAAGAUGCAGGAGUAAUAGAGAGGAAAGAUAUGCCAUCCAAAUCAUCAAUCGCAGAAGCAGCUGAUAAUGGUAAUACCAUUGAAUAUGGUAAUGCUGCCGAUGUUGAGGCUAUUUCUAACCGUGAUGAAUUCGAUGACGAAGAAGAUGUAGAUUGGGACGCGAGUAAUGGAGACAAUGAGAACCAUAUUUUAAAAAAGCCUAGAAAGCCAAAAGAGUACACGUGCGCACAUUGCCAAAAAAGUUAUACCACCGAACGUAUAUUGAAGCUUCAUAUAAAUAUGAAACACCUCCGGCCGAAGGACUUUAAAUGUGCGCAAUGCGAUGCCGAGUUUACAGAACAACGUUCUUUGGAUUCUCAUAUGCGGAAAGAACACAUAGGCUUCUCGUGUACACUAUGUGAACGUGUCUAUAAAAAUUCGCGCUCGUUGCGCGUACACCUGCAAUCACACAAAGGUUUAAAAGAAUUUAUUUGCAAGUAUGAGAAUUGUGGGAAAGCAUUUGUUACUUCGACACGUCUUAAAGUACACCAAAAAAUUCAUACAGACGAGAGAAAUUACAUAUGCGAAGUAUGCGGUUAUCGGACGCGACAAAAGGAUGCAUUGGUUGUACACAAGAGAACGCACACGGGGGAAAGACCUUUUGAGUGCACUAUUUGUGGACGUCGAUUUAUCUCAGCCUCACUACUUAACGAACACAAACCCAUGCAUUCUACAGAGCGUCCGCAUAAGUGCGAUGUAUGUGGAGCAGCAUUUUCACGCAGCAAAGCACUAUAUCAUCACAAACACUUGCACUUAGGUAUUAAAAAGUUUGUAUGUAAACUAUGCGGUAGAGCUUAUGCCCAAAUGGCGGGAUUGGCAGGUCAUAUGCGUCAGCAUAAGGCGGAAGAGCAGAGUUUUCUAACCAUUUCAUCGUCAGAAGUAAUAGGAUACACUGUAACCUUAUUAUCCAAGCCACCACAUGCAACAAAAUUGCCCGAAGGUGAAUAUGCACAAGCCAUUAUCCAUGUAGUGGGCAUGGUGAUAAAAUGUUCCUUAUUGGUUGUGAAGGCGUCCCAGAUAAUUAGGCGCCCAUCCUGCGAUGAUGAAAUUAUGAAAAUGUUAAAACUUUUGCCGCCGGAUACGAGCAAAUUUCAUAACUUUAAAUGUGGUGAGAUUUACUGCCUCAGUUCGAAUAGCUACAAUGUGGCGUGCUGUUUGUGCGGCAUAAAUGUAGAAUUCGAACGAUUCCCACAACAUUUCCAAAAUGAACACUUGACGCCCAAACCCGAAAAAGUUGAAAAGAGUACGCCGAAUGCAGAAGAAACCAUAAAAGUUGACGUAGAUCCUAUAAAGAGCGAAGAUGAGGAUGUUAGUGAUAACGGGGGCGAUUCCGUUGGCUUUGAUGGACCAGAUUCAGAUCACGAUGAAGCUGUAGUUGAUGAAAAACCAUUUGACUUCGUUGACUUGCAGAAUUUAGAUGUGAACGUUGUUGAGCCGGAGAAGAAGUCUAAGCACAAAAAAGAAGCAGAUAAUGACGAUGCUAGUGACACAAAGUCAACGGAUGACAAAAGAGAUGCACAUGAUGAAGACUGGCGUCCAGAGGAUUCUUCCGACGACGAAAAGCCGAAAGCUCAAGAUGACAUUGAUUCUCUUCCGUACCCAUGUCCGGACUGUAUGAGAUCAUAUAAAACCAAACGCAGCAUGCUAACGCACCACCGACAAACACAUAAUCCAACAAAAAGAAAGCCUAAGGAGCCCAAUUUGAAAUUCAAAUGUGAGGAAUGUGGUGAAUUAUUUAGAGCUGAAAGGAAUUUGCGUGCGCACAAAUGGAAACAUACUGGUAUUGUGUGCGACAUUUGUGGCAAGAAAUUCUCUCAAACUGGUAACCUGCAACGACAUAAAAUACGACACACCGGCAUAAAGGCGCACAAGUGUCAGGAAUGUGGCAACGACUUCUUCACAGAUAAAGAAUUAAAAGCACAUAUGUUGCGCCAUACAGGCGAAAGACCAGUAGUUUGUGAGAUAUGCGGAAGACGUUGUCGCGAUCACGGGGUAUACAAAGCACACAUGCGUCGACACACCGGUGAAAGACCUGCAAAAUGCGAUGUUUGUGGCAAAGCUUUUUACAGUUUCCACGAUCUAAAUGUGCAUGCGGUAACACAUAGCACUGAACGACCAUUUGCAUGCGACAUGUGCGGUUCAACGUUUCAAAGAAAGAAGUCUCUUCGCGUGCAUAAAAAAUUACAUUCUAAAGAUCGUAAACACGAAUGUAAAGUGUGCGGCAAAACGUUUGCACAAUCGGGAGGCUUGAAUGCGCAUAUGCGGACCCACGAUGCAGCAUUGAGUCGGAGUAUUGUGGGCACUAGCAGCGCAAUUCCUGCACCUGUAGUUACAGAUGGUGUUGGCACUAGUACCAGCAUGGGUCUUGCAGGUGCUAUUGGGGUAGGUCUUGGGACAGAUGUCAAUCCAGUUAACUCUAUUGGAGAGACACUAUUGGGUGUUACUGGUGUGCUGAGUGGGACCGGUUCAACAAUGGAUUCUGUCACUAAUUAGAUUUAUUGAGGAUUCGCUAGAAUAUCACUGUAUGUAUGUACACAUGUAUGUGUUUGUAUAUGUUUUGGUAUAAUUUCAAUUAAAAUUUUUAUGCUAGCAUAAGUUCAUCACAAUGUGCGAGUACAGCUUACUAUUAAGGGCACUAUUAAAAUAAAAUAAGUAUUCAGACAUACUUAUGACUAUUUCUUUUAUGAUUUGCAUUAUAAAAUCUUCAAUCCCUUGUUUUCGUAAUAUACAUAUAAAUACAUAUGUUUUGAGAAGCCUUAAAUUAUUCUAAAUAUCAUUCGUGUCGUCUAGACCGAAAAUAUGGUACGAA